GCUUUGGGUGAGCUCUGCGAAACCAAGUUUGGGAAGACACACCCUGUGUGCAAUUUGGUCGCUUCCUUGCCGUUGUGGUUGCCUAAGUCCCUCAGCCCUGGGUCCGGGCGGGAGCUGCAGAGACUCUCCUAUUUGGGGUCUUUUUUUAGCUUCUCAGUCUUCGCAGAAGAUGAUGCUAAAGUGGUUGAAAAAUAUUUCUCAGGGCCUGCUAUUACCCUGGAAAAUACUCGCGUGGUUAGCCAAUCAUUGCAGCAUUACUUGGAGCUGGGAAGGCAAGAGCUUUUCAAGAUUCUGCAUAGUAUUCUGUUAAAUGGUGAAACCCGGGAGGCCGCCCUUGGUUACAUGGCGGCUGUCGUCAAUGCCAAUAUGAAAAAAGCACAGAUGCAGACAGAUGACAGAUUGGUUUCUACAGAUGGAUUUAUGCUGAAUUUUCUCUGGGUGCUGCAGCAGCUAAGUACAAAGAUCAAGUUAGAGACAGUUGACCCCACGUAUAUAUUCCACCCGAGGUGUCGGAUCACUCUGCCCACCGAUGAGACCAGAGUGAACGCCACGAUGGAGGAUGUGAAGGACUGGCUGGCGGAACUCUAUGGAGAUCAGCCUCCCUUUUCUGAGCCGAAAUUCCCUACGGAAUGCUUCUUUCUUACGCUGCACGCCCACCACCUCUCUAUCCUGCCAAGUUGCCGUCGCUAUAUCCGCAGACUCCGGGCCAUCCGGGAGCUCAAUAGAACCGUGGAAGAUUUGAAAAAUAACGAAAGCCAAUGGAAAGAUUCCCCCCUGGCAACUAGACACCGUGAAAUGCUGAAGCGCUGCAAAACUCAGCUUAAGAAACUGGUACGAUGCAAGGCCUGCGCUGACGCUGGUUUACUUGACGAGAGCUUCCUGCGAAGAUGUCUGAAUUUUUAUGGCCUUCUCAUUCAGCUGCUGCUCCGCAUCCUGGACCCUGCCUACCCCGAUGUAACACUGCCUUUAAGUUCAGACGUCCCCAAGGCGUUUGCAGCAUUGCCUGAGUUUUAUGUAGAAGAUAUUGCUGAAUUUUUAUUUUUUAUUGUACAAUACUCGCCUCAGGUGCUCUACGAGCCCUGCACUCAGGAUAUUGUGAUGUUCCUCGUUGUGAUGUUGUGCAACCAGAACUACAUCCGCAAUCCGUACCUGGUGGCCAAACUGGUAGAAGUCAUGUUUAUGACCAACCCUGCUGUUCAGCCACGAACGCAGAAGUUCUUUGAAAUGAUUGAGAACCAUCCUCUCUCCACCAAACUGUUGGUCCCUUCCCUGAUGAAGUUUUAUACAGAUGUCGAGCAUACCGGAGCGACCAGCGAGUUCUAUGACAAGUUCACCAUUCGCUAUCACAUUAGCACCAUCUUUAAAAGCCUUUGGCAGAACAUAGCUCACCACGGCACCUUCAUGGAGGAGUUCAACCACUCAGCCUGGCCCUUACCCUGCAAGAGCAGUCGCAGCCAGUGCACUUCAGAAACUACAGAAACAGGCGCCAGGCCGGCUUUGGCCACGGCUGGUAGUUUGCCAGUCCCUGCUGUGACCGUGUUUGGUUUCAUGUUUGGUGAGCCCAAGGGCAGUGCCACUGAUAGUAAAAAGGAACUUGGACCCCGAUUGGCUGCAAUGCUGAACUUUAAUCUUCAGCAACUCUGUGGUCCCAAGUGCCGUGACCUGAAAGUCGAAAACCCCGAGAAAUAUGGCUUUGAACCAAAGAAGCUGUUGGACCAACUGACGGAUAUUUACUUGCAGCUGGAUUGUGCGCGGUUCGCUAAAGCCAUCGCUGACGACCAGAGAUCCUACAGCAAAGAGUUGUUUGAAGAAGUUAUUUCGAAGAUGCGGAAGGCGGGGAUCAAAUCCACAAUCGCGAUAGAGAAGUUUAAACUCCUCGCCGAGAAGGUGGAGGAGAUAGUGGCCAAGAACGCGCGCGCCGAGAUCGACUACAGCGACGCUCCGGACGAGUUCCGAGACCCUCUGAUGGACACCCUGAUGACUGACCCCGUGCGGCUGCCCUCCGGCACCAUCAUGGACCGCUCCAUCAUUCUGCGGCACCUGCUCAACUCCCCCACGGACCCCUUCAACCGGCAGACGCUGACCGAGAGCAUGCUGGAGCCAGGUACAGGGUGCACGGCUGGGGGGGCGGUGCCUACAGCAGCAACAGAUGUGGCGGCCAAAAUCCACAGUGUUGGAGAUUAA